AUCCACAAAUUUUUCACUGAAAUUUUGUAUUACUUGUUUACCAAAUAUUUCCUAUAUCCUUUGACAAAAUUUAUUUUCUCCCACCUGUGAGUACAUAUGCCCCAAGUUGGGAGCCUCUGUUAUAGACUAAUUGGUUUCAUAUCUUCUAUUCUUAUCUCCAUAGUUAAAUUUGUUUUCCCCUCAUGGUCAGAGGUUCUGUUGUAUAUUUCUUUUUCAUCAGUGGCCUUUUUAAAAAAAUUGGUACUUGGUACUAGUCUGCUUGAUUGAAAACUCUUUGAGAGCAGGGACCAUGCAUUCAUAAUUCACCUUUGUAUCCCUCAUAGUGCCUUGUGCUUUGAAGGCACUCUGUAAAUGUUAAGUAAUUGAAUUAUCUUCCUAUAUGCAUUCUCCCAGUGACCUUUACCAUCUGAGAGUAUUGACAAAUUAUCUUUAUUGAAUAAAAUAUUACCAUGAUCCAUAUUUUUAUGUGAUCUCUACUUGGAUGUUGAUGUAUGACAGCAUAUGUAUAAUGCAUCCUCUUGCUUAAUAACCGUCUCAGGUUCUUGAUUUCUUAUCUACCGCUGCCCGAGAAGUCUGAUCAUGACAGUAGAGAUCUAUUGGACAGCCCUAUCAGGGAUGGAAACUCCCAGACAGACUCUGCAAGCAGGUUUAGAAACCACAGAUCAUGUGCACUUAUUCUAGUAACAAGCAUUCUGUGAUAAUAUAUGAAGUUAGUAACAGAACAAGGAUUUUGAUUUUCUGACUCUCCUUCCUUCUCAUAUCAUAGGUAUUCAAAGUUGGAAUAUAAAAUUAUUUGACAUUGAUAAGUUAGUUUCCUGCCGUAGAUAAGUGGAGGUUGGAAGCUAUUGGAUAUACAAUACUAAAUUUCUCUUUUCCUCACCUUUGUUUGUUGUUUGUUUUUUUUUACAGACUCAGAAUACUCUUAUUACAACUUAAUCUUGAAAAAAGCAGGACAAUUUUUAAACAAUUUGCAGAUUAAUCUCUUAAAAUUUGCCUUAUCUAUAAGGGCGUAUUCGCCAACUAUUCAAAUGUUUCAACAGAUUGCUGCUGAUGAACUACCACCCGAAGAUUGCAGUGCAUUUGUGGUUAUCCAUAAGGAGCGCACCUGUCAAACUAAUGAGAUUAAAAAGCUUCUGAAGAAGGCUUCUGUGAGGCCUAGGCCGUAUUUAUUCAAAGGAGAUCAUAAGUAUCCUACAGUCACUGAGAACCUACCAGUGAUCAUACUUUAUGGAGAAAUGGGUACUAAAGACUUCAGUAAAUUUCACAAAAUUCUUUUAGAGAAAGCUCAAAAGGAAGAAAUUCUGUAUGUUUUCCGGCAUUAUAUUCAGAAACCAGACUCUAGGAAAAUGAACUUGUCUGGAUAUGGUGUGGAACUUGCAAUUAAGAGUACUGAGUACAAAGCACUAGAUGAUACACAGGUUAAAGCUAUGAAUAACACAGUAAUAGAAGAUGAUAAUGAACCAAUUGAAGUGCAAGGAUUUCUCUUUGAAAAAUUAAAAGAAUUAUAUCCAGAUCUUAGAGAUAAUCUGAAAGAGUUCCGAAAACAUCUUAUCGAAAGUGGUAAAGAAAUGGUACCUUUGAAAGUCUGGGAGCUACAAGAUCUUAGUUUUCAAGCAGCUUCUCAAAUUAUGACUGCUCCAGUUUAUAAUGCCAUAAAAUUAAUGAAAGAUAUUUCUCAAAAUUUCCCAGUGAAGGCCAGAUCACUAACCAGAAUUACUGUAAACCAACAAAUGCGAAUGGAAAUAGAGGAAAAUCAAAAGAGUCUCCAUGAUAGACUUGAAAUUGAGCCAGGUGAUGCUGGUCUAUUUAUAAAUGGUCUUCAGAUUGACUUGGACUUUCAUGAUCCGUUUAGCAUUCUGGAUAUGCUGAAAUUGGAAGGAAAAGUAAUGAAUGGCCUUCGUGAUCUUGGGAUUAAAGAAGAGAACUUCAACAAACUUUUAAAAUUAAAUACACAUCAUGUAGAUGACAAUUAUGCAUUAGAUAUUCGACAUACUUCAAUAAUGUGGAUGAAUAAUUUAGAACAAGAUGAUAUAUAUGCUAUGUGGCCAAUGAGUUGCCAGGAACUUUUGGAGCCAAUAUUCCCUGGAAAUAUACCUUCAAUUAGGCGUAAUUUUUAUAACCUGGUUCUUUUUAUCAAUCCUGAUCAAGAAAUUACAGCAGAUUUUGUAAAAAUUGCUGAACUGUUCUAUCAAUAUAGAAUCCCUCUAAGAAUAGGUUUUGUUUUCAUUCUUAAUACAGAUGAUGUAAUUGAUGGGCACAAUAAUGCUGGAGUUGCCCUUUGGCGAGUUAUCAGUUACAUUGUUGAAGAAUAUAACAUCACACAAGCCUUUUCUGCCAUAGUGAAGAUGUACCAUAAUGUGAAGGAAGGAGACUUAUUAACUGUGGACAUCAUUAAAAGUGUUUUUCAAACUACAUUCCCUGAUGCUAAUCUUCAGGAUAUCCUGGGAGUCCAUUCUGAAUAUGACACAAACAGAAAGGCAGGAGCAACCUUUUAUAAAAAAACUGCACUGGGUCCUUUGCCUCAAGCAUUAUUUAAUGGUGAACCCAUUACAAGUGAAGAAAUAAAUUCCAAAGAAUUUGAUAAAAUCAUCCUCCAAAGGAUCAUGAAUACAGCUGAAUUCUUGCAAAGGGCAGUUUUUAUGGGCUUGUUAAAUGAUGAGAUGGAUGUGAUAAAUUUUCUCAUGGAUCGAGAUAAUAUAGUACCUCGCAUAAAUCCUGUUGUUUUGGGAAACAAAAGACAAUAUCUUAAUUUAAUAUCUACAUCAGUGACGGUUGAUAUUGAAGAUUUCUCUACUUUCUCCUUCUUGGAUUCGCAAGACAAGAGUGCCACAAUUGCAGAGAACAUGUAUUAUUUAUCCAGAAAAGAUAAAGAUGUAAUUUCUGCAGUCACCAUUUGGGUUAUUGCUGAUUUCGACAAGCCAUCUGGGAGAAAACUACUUUUAAAUGCUUUGAAACACAUGAAAACAAGUAUUCAUACUCGGUUGGGAGUUAUUUAUAAUCCUACAUCAAAAAUAAAUGAAGCAAACACAGUUAUUUCUAGAGGAAUUUUGGCAGCUUUUCUUACACAGGAAAACAGCUAUUUAAGAAGCUUUCUUAAUAAACUGGCAAAAGAAGAAACUGCUGAAGCCUUGAACACUGGAGUAAAAAUAAAGACAUUUCUUCUCCCGGGAAUGGCUGAGAGUACCUUUGUAAAGAAGUACAAUACCCUUGGAAUGAAUGUUUUCCAAACCCACAAAUUGUUCUGUCAAGAAGUCCUCAAACUGCCUCCUGGGGAAAGAACUAUUAUCAGCAAUGGGAGGAUCCUAGGACCUCUGGGCGAAAAUUAUUUACAUGCAGAAGAUUUUCAGUUGUUGGAAAAAAUAACAUUAAUUAACUCAGCAAAGAAGAUUAAAGCCAUUAUUAAGGAUAUAGAAAUCAACUCCAGACGUGGAAGUGAUCUGGUUAUGAAGGUGGAUGCCCUUCUCUCCUCUAUGCCUAAAAGUAAAUCUCGGCAUAAUGUCACAUUCCCUAAAGAACAACACAGUGUUAUAAACAUAAAUCCUCAAGAAAGUGAUAUAUUCUAUGAUGUCGUUGCCAUUGUUGAUCCAUUAACAAGAGAAGCACAGAAGAUGGCUCAAUUAUUGAUUGUACUUGGUCAGGUUGUCAAUAUGAAGUUGAAAUUGUUUAUGAACUGUAGGCCAAAGCUUUCAGAGGCACCAUUGAAGAGCUUUUACCGGUUUGUUUUGGAACCAGAACUGACUCCAGGACCCAAUAAUAUUAUUUCUUUGGGGCCUAUGGCAAAGUUCCUGGAAAUGCCUGAAUCACCUCUUUUGACCCUCAACAUGAUUACUCCUGAAUGCUGGUUGGUUGAAGCAGUACACAGUUCCUGUGACCUUGAUAAUAUUUACUUAAAGGAUAUUGAGGGAACUGUCAGAGCAGAAUAUGAACUAGAAUAUCUUCUGCUUGAAGGUCAGUGCUUUGAUGAAACUACUGGACAACCUCCUCGGGGACUUCAGUUUACCCUCGGCAUGAAAAAGAAUCCCGUCAUGGUUGAUACCAUUGUGAUGGCCACCCUUGGAUACUUUCAAUUAAAAGCAAAUCCUGGUGCUUGGAUUCUGAGAUUACGUCAAGGGAAAUCUGAAGAUAUUUACCAGAUAACUAUACAUAAAGGAACAGACUCUCCACCAGAUGUAGACGAUGUCAUUGUGGUAUUAAGCAACUUCAGAAGCAAGAUUCUGAAAGUCCAAGUAC